GGGUUUGUCGAUAAAAUAUGUUGAUGCAGCUUUGUCUGUUUUGGAUUAUACAAAAAAUUAACCCAUUACUGGCGAUUACGGGGAGUAAUUCAAAAUUAGAUUUCCAACAGUGUGAGAUGCGCCAUAUUGUCCUUGAUUGGGCAAAGAAUGACCGUUAUCCACCAUUUUGUUUCAACGGAAACGUAAAAAAAUCGUUUCCUGUGACGUUAAAAACGUCACGUAGUAUAAAAGGUAAAUCCCUCCUGCUCGCGCUUAUUCCUGGAUUUGGUCAAAGGUAUGAAUUUGCUUUCCCGAAGACUGAGCCGUCGAGGACUUUGAACAACUCAAAUUCAUGUUUUUUCUUCAAGUAAUGGACAUUUGAUUACUAUUUUUGCCUCCAGUUUGUUCCUGAAGGAAAGGCUAGCAUUUAGCUAUCACAGCCCCACCCACAAGAAGUUUUUCAGUUGAUAUUAAAACCAUGAAGGUUGAAGACAUAAAAUUAUUUAAAUAGGAUCUAUAAGUGCCUUAAAAGCACACUAUAAUAUACCCGAGACGCUGAGGAUCUGUAUUAUCAAUAGUAUGGCAGGGGGACCAGUAGACCCAAGAGAGAUUUUGAAAGGUGUGGAAACUCUGCUGGGCAAAGAUGGAGAGCUCCGCAGUCUGGAAGGAGUCCCAAAAGUGUUUAGCCUGAUGAAAGCUUCAACUAAGAUGGUCAGUAGAUGUAUGUACCUGAACAUCCUGCUGCAGACGAAAUCUCAUGAUGUUCUUAACAGGUUUAUCAGAGUUGGUGGCUACAAGCUGCUUAAUGCCUGGCUCACCUACUCCAAAACCACCAACAACUCUCCUCUACUUCAGCUUAUCCUGCUAACACUGCAGAAGUUACCCCUUAAAGUAGAUCACCUAAAACAGAACAAUACUGCCAAGUUGGUGAAGCAGCUGAGCAAGAGUGCGGAGACUGAAGAAUUAAGGAAAUUGGCUGCUGUGCUCGUGGAUGGCUGGAUGGCUACAAUCCGCUCCCAGAGUGUCUCAGGCAGUACCACCUCUCCUGCAGAUAAGAAAAAGAAGAAAGAGGAGACUAAGGUGCCUGUGCGUGACAUGAAGGAAAAAGGUGGAGAUGAGGAGAAGAAGGACAAACCCAAAGCUCAUGCACCCAGCCACACUAAGAUUCGCUCCAUAGGACUGGAAAUCGGAGACCCUCCCAACCCAGCCCCUCCUAAGAAGACGCCAACUGCCCCACAGUUGGGUAGCAAGUACAACAUCAAGCCUCCAGUUCUCAAAAGACACAGCUCUGGCUCAGGAGAUGCUCCACCUCAGGAGAAAAAGUAUAAACCUCUAAAUACACCCUCCAAUUCCGCCAAGGAGAUCAAAGUCAAAAUAAUUCCCGCACAACCAAUGGAGUGCACUGGCUUCCUAGAUGCUCUGAACUCUGCCCCAGUGCCCGGGAUCAAGAUCAAGAAAAAGAAACCUAGUGCUAACACUACAGCUAGUACCAAGGUGGUCUCCCCCACAACUAACAAGGCAAGCCCAUUUGAGAGCAAACCUGUAUAUUCUGCGUCUUCUACAAAACCAGCAUCUCCAGAAAGUGCUGCUUCCACCACUCCUGCAGAUGAAAACCAGGAACCUGAGCAGCCUGGGACCCCUGUUCCCUCUGAGGACCCAGAACCCUCUGACAAUGGCGAGAAACCAAAUGCUCUGGCAGAACCACGUGGAGAAGAAGAAAGCUUGACCAAGAAAGGCAAGAAGAAGAAGACUGUUCACUGGGCUGAAGAGGAGCAGCUCAAACACUACUUUUACUUUGAUCUGGAUGAGACAGAAAGAGUCAAUGUCAACAAGAUUAAGGACUUUGGUGAGGCGGCAAAACGAGAGCUAAUGAUGGACCGGCAGACAUUUGAAAUGGCUCGUCGGCUUUCCCAUGACACCAUGGAAGAAAGAGUCCCCUGGACACCCCCAAGACCCCUGACACUGGCUGGCAGUCUUGUCACUCCAGGUGCAAACAGCACAGAGAAACUCACCCAAAGAGACCGUGAAAUGGGCAUUCUGCAAGAGAUCUUUCUCAGCAAAGAGAGUGUGCCUGACAGUCCACACGAACCAGACCCAGAGCCUUACGAACCCAUGCCCCCCCGUCUCAUCCCACUCGAUGAGGACUCGUCAAUGAUGGAUGAAGGCUACGUAGAACCUAUGGACACAACGUCACAACCAGGAUCUGGUGAGAGUGCCAAACUGCCGCCUGUCUUGGCCAAUCUCAUUGGUAACCUGAACAACAGUUCCCGCAGCCCACAAGCCUCCAACACUGUCAGCAACACUGUGCCUCCCUCUGUCAAUAUACAGGAGCUGCUGUCAUCCAUAAUGGGGCCCUCUGGUAACCAGUCUACUGAAGAAUUGAUAAAGCAACCGGACUUCUCUGAUAAAAUUAAACAGCUACUGGGCUCCCUCCAGCAGACUCAGAAUCAAAACCAGAACCAGAACCAGAGUGGACCUCCACCAGUCAACCAGGGUCUGCUGGGACAUGGUCCAGGCAUGAACAGCAUGAACACCAUGCACAUGCAGAUGCCCAUGAAUGGUGGCUACCCGCCCAACAAUUCACCCGGUGGUCCUCGGUUUAACCACCCCCCCCCUCACAACCACGGACCACCUUUCAGUGGCGGUGGAGGCCCACGCAAUGGACCACCACCAGGUCAGGGCAGAGGAGAUGGCAACUACUGGGGAGAUGACUCAAUGAGAGGAGGGCCCCACAGAGGGGGGCACUUUCACCGAGGAGGCCGUGGUCGGGGAGGAGGAGACCCAGGAUUUAGAGGCAGAGGGCGAGGAGGUCCCAGAGGAGGAGGACACAACAAUAUGAAUGACAUGUCCAAGAGGCCUGUUUGUCGUCACUUCAUGAUGAAAGGAAGCUGCAGGUAUGAGGGCAGCUGUGCUUUCUACCACCCUGGUGUUAAUGGACCACCACUGCCCCCCAAAUACCCUGCUAACAACCAACAUAAUCAGCACCCACAGCAUGGCCACUAGGUGAUGUUGCAGUCAGCCUGGGAAUAACUGAAAGACACUAGACUGGCUGUUAACGGCGAUAUAGUUAAUGCAGGACUUCUGUCUUUAGACAACUACGGAAAGACCAGGAUGGUCUCUCCUGAACUGUAAGCUGUCUGAAGUCUUGUUCCUGGUAACUGAAGAGUCUGUGACAGAACAAGAAGAGAGAAGACAAGAGAUUGUAAAUGAAUGACUGGAAGGCUUUGAGAUGAUCACUGAUGUGAUGUUUUUAUCGUGUUCAUUUUUAACAGUGAGAUUGAGCUACCAUGUGUCACCACUAUGUCUGAAUUGCUGCAGCUUGGUGCCUGUCUGCUUUGUCACUUUCCAAAUCAUUAACAGAGUUGGCUGAAUGAAAAUGUCCAACUCAGCACACAACUUCAUUUCCUUCUUACAGUGGCUGUUCUUCAUAACCACAUGUGACAUUAGUUUGUUGCUCUCUAGUUUUGUUGCAUCAUCAGUAAGAUUUGUACUGAAGAACUGGAAACGUUUUCCCUUCCUGCAUGAGACAAAACUUUAGAAAAACCAGCUGAACUUGGUUUCAUCUAUGAUUUUUGAAAGCUGGGCCUGUAAAGGAACAUAACGAUUAAACUGAGUGUUAUGUUGCCUAAGUUUGCCUACUCCUGAGAAAAAUGCCGCUAUGAACUCUGCUGAUCUGAGUAGAUGCUUUGCUUUGCUUUUUCUUUUCUCCAACAGCAGUGUGUCAUAUGUAAGCUUUGAGCUCAUCAGUUCAGUCAUGUGCCCACGUGCGUGUGGUUGGGCAAUCACGACAUGCCAUGCUAUUGUCAGAAGAACCGCUGCCUGCCACCUCUGUACUCAUCUAAAUCCAGGAGGGGUUUGUGUUGUCAGUGUUAAAGAUGGGAAUGAUGAGUCCCUCUGUGGGUCACCUAUAUUAUGUGUUUUCUGUGAAAACAGUCAUUUGUGUCUCUUGUGGGACUGUAAGAGGUUUUUUUUGUUUGUUUUUUUAUUUUUCACCCUCUACAUUUUUUUAUACAAAUUUGACAGCGUGGUUCAGGUUUUUUUUUUUUGUUUGUUUGUUGUUUUUUGUUUGUUUUUUGAAGGUAUGAACUGUAUGAAUAAAUUCAUACACAUUUUCAGUUGAAUUCUUUUGUACACAUUGUAUUGAAUAAAUGUUUAAAUACUGA